AUGGCAGAAGUUAACGGCGAUGCCCCCCAAACCAACGGGCACACCUCUCCUCCCGCACAAGCAGCACCCCCCGUGCCGCAACCCCCGGCGGCGGCAGCGGCAGCGGCAGCAACACCACCCAAGAUCCUCUCCAACCCAAGCGUCCCCCUGACCUCUCUCAAUGACAGCGGCCUCUCGAAGCGCCCCCGCGAUGUACGCACAAUCCACCUCCUCCUCUCCUCCGUAGGCUGCACGGCCUACCAAGAACGCGUGCCUUUGCAACUGCUCGACUUCGCCUAUCGCCACACCUCCUCCAUCCUCUCUGAUGCGCUCCACCUCUCCUCCGACGCCUACGUCUCGCAACAGACACGCGCCAGAGACGCGCCACCCGGUGGUGGUUUCCGGGACGCAGACGGCCAGGUUAGCUCUAACGCGGUUCAGCUUGCUAUUUCAAGUAGGCUACAGUAUCAGUUUGGGGGUGGGACUGGAGGUGGAGGAUUGACGAAGGACUUUUUGAUGGAGACAGCGCAAGCGAGGAAUAAGGUUGCCCUGCCGAGAGUGUUGCAAAAUGAGUGGGGGGUGAGGCUGCCGAGUGAGAGGUUUGUGUUGACGGGUGUGCCAUGGGGACUUAAGGGCGAGUGGGUGGAGGCUGACGAUGAGGAGGACAUCGAUAGUGGGGUUGGCGGCGGUGGCGGGAUGGAUGUUGUGAUGGGGGACGGGGAUGGAGACGACGGGGAGAAUGGGGAUGAGGAAGGGGAAGGACGGAUGGAGGAUUUGUUUGGAGGCGGGGAUGUGGAUGUGGAUGGGGAUGGAGAUGGGGAUGGAGACGGGGACGGCGAGAUGGACAUAGAUAAAGACUGA